AUGACUAAUCGUAAAAGAGCUCCUAGUCGUCGAGUUAUAGUCUAUCGAGGAUCAAUUAUGCAACGUAUAAUUGAAGAGAAACGACGUCAACGUACUAUAUCUGUUGGUAGUUUAGAUGGUAUGGUGAUAACAAGAGAUAAUGAAUUAAUUGCUGCUUCAAAAGUUAUGAAUUAUGAUAAGCCAUUGCUUGAUCCAACAACUGUUCAAAGGAUAUCUGAGACUGUAGCACGUAAAAUUGAAGCAAAACUAAGCAGUACAGUUGCACCAAAUUUAUCUAAUAUCAAUGAAGGCGCAGCCAAUGGCGGUGUUGUUGUUACCUCAGGUGGAAAUUCAACAAUCGGAAGUCGAACUGGUCUUCGUGUUAGUCUACCUCAAAUUGUACAAGAAUAUAUUCAAUCUCAACUAUCACUUACCUUACAACAGCAACAAUCAGCACAACCAAAACUUUCCUCCAGCAUAAGUCCACUAACUAAUAAUAGUUAUCAGUUUACACCAACGGAUCAAGGAAUUUAUCCUUCUAUGUUACCUGCAUCGAAACUGAGUACAGCGAAUGUUUCAGUACAUGAAUUUACUGUCCAACCAACUUCAGCAGUCUGUGAUGGAAGUGUAACAAACUUAGAUGGAACAGUAUUAUCAACAACUGAACACUUUUUCCCUGCAGAUAAUGUACCUGUAAAUCAGUCAAACAUUCCAACCAGUGGAUCGAUUAUGACAGUGAAUUUCCCGGCUUAUCUAAGUGGUAAUGCUACUAAUGCACCUGUUAAUUUUGUUCCUGGUAUACUAGCAACAACAACAACAACACCAACUGUUCUUGGUUCAGGUUUAUCAAGAAGACAUCCUAACCAUUCAGUGUCUGAGAAUGUCAGUCUACGACGUACCACAUCCGAUGCCAGCUUAGAAUCACGUUUCACUUCAAUCACUGGUGUAGAUCCUAGUUACGCUGGUAUUGAUAUAUUGGACGAUGAAAUUAAAGCUGAUAUACAGAUGCUUGUACGAAAAGAAAUCUCUAGACCACAAUACAAAAAAGAUUUCUUUUACACUGGUUCAAUACGUCAGAUGGAUCCAGCUAAAAUGGCUAUUAAUCAUAAGUUAAGUAUUAAUUUGCCUAUAGUAUCAAAUGUAGAGAGACCAAAUCGUUCUACAGCAUCAUUUCGUCUACCAGCUGGACAUUUUCAAUCAGAUAUCAGACCAGAGCACUGCAGUCAAACUAGUCUAGGUGUUGUUAAUCAGUUUAUCCCUCCAGCUCCAUGUCCACCUAUUCCUAUUAAUCAACAACCAAUUGUGUAUAGUAAUCCUCCGAUAGUUGGACUGUCUCAAUUUGCUGUUCCUUCAGAUAAUAGUAUGAAUCAGUGUUCAACAAAUGUAUACUCAGAUACAGUUGACUCUUUUCUAUCUCAAAACAAUACAGAAAUCUUGGAUAAUCUUAAGUCUAAGACAUUUAAUCAAUCUGGUGAUUGUGAAAAAGUUGACUAUACUAGGACAUCAGUAAAUACUAAUAUUCAACAACAACAACCUGAGGAACCUUUAGAUUAUGUAGUUGAUGGAGAUGUUGAUGAUGAUGUUGACAUGGGAAUUGAAGAUGUUGAACAAGAUGAUGAUGAUGAUAAUGAUGAUGAUGAAAACAAUGAUGGUGAUUUAAUCGAUGGUCAAAUAAACGAUGAAGAUGGUUUGUAUACACGAUGUCCAAAAUGUUUUAAUCGUUGUAAUACAUGUGGAAAUGUAUUAUUUUGUUUCUCAUCAUGCAGUCCAUUGGAAACAUUUAUGCAAGAUUUAUUAUCACCGAAAUUAUUGUCAAGUUUAACAUUUCUAUUCUUUCUUUUAUCAAGUAUGACAGCUAUGCUAGGAUUGGUUAUUCCCUUUCUCAUGUUGCCUGAUCUACUAGCUGAAAUGAAUAUGAAACUCGAAGAUUCUGGUUUUAUUAUAUCAUCAAUUGGUGCAGGAAACACAUUUGGACGAUUAUUUGCUACUUUUUACAUUGAAAAAGCUUGGUCUACGACGUAUAAAUGGGCUGAUUCAUUAUGGAUGAAUAAUAUCUCCUUACUAUUAACCGCCUUGACAGUAUUCGCUCUUCCAGUUGUAACGCGGUACUAUGCUGCUUUGGUUCUGGUCUCUUGUGGUUUUGGUCUGUUUUCGGCUGUCUUUGUAUCAUUGAAAAGUAUCCUAGUCGUGGAAUUAAUCGGUAUUGAUCGUUUGACAAAUGCUUUUGGUUACCUGUUACUAUUUCAAGGAUGUGCAGCUAUAAUUGGUCCACCGGUUGCAGGUUAUUUGAGAGAUGCACGAAUCGAUAGUCUGCCUGCUUUCAAUAUUUUUACAGCGCAUACUGCACCAAUGCAUAAUGCUUCUGCUAUAGGUUUCCUAUUUUCGGGUACUGCAUUAUUGGUUUCUUGCCUGCUGGGUUGUCCACUCCGAUGGUUAUCCAAGAGAGAAUUCUCUAGCCUAGUAGCCAAUACAAAUGAAUAUAUACCUAAUCAUAUGGAUCAUACGGAUUAUGGUUAUGAAUUGAAUAGAACUUCACCGGUAAUCCUAACAACUGGUGGUCAAGAUUAUGUACAGUUAACUAAUUCAAAUGAAUACCAUCUAGGUGGUGAAUUGAUGAAUAGCGGUAAAACUGAACCUGGUUCUGGUAGACGUAUGGAUAUUGUGGAUCAUUAUGUAGCAAAUCCAUCAACGCCAUCUGUAACCCAAAUGACAGUUAUUGAUGCAUUAAGAUCUCAGGCUAACAGUCAACUUUCACCGUCUGCUCCACCGCCUUCUAUAAAUUGUUUACCUAUCUCAGGUCAUGUGAUAUUUUCAACAGCACCACCACCAGUAGCAUCUACACUAAGUGGUGUGGUUGUUGGUCCAGCUGGUACUGCAGCUACUGCUACUGGGCCUUUGGAUAACAUCACAGUGGGUACAGCCAAUGUUACGGUGCCUGUAGCAGAUGAUUCUGUCCCAAUGGUCACUGUUGGUGGUUUAAAACUGUCAGCUGCUGUUAUUCCCGUCUCUGUGGUCGGAGGUGCUGGGUCAGUUCCCAACACAGGAUCAUUGUCACUCCCACCUCAAACUGUUGAAGUCUUAGAAGUUAAAGAAGAUCCAGGUUUGGAACCAGUAGUUGAAGAGGAAGAAGAAGAAGACUAUGAAGAUGAUACAUUUGAUGAUGGUGCCAUUGAUCAGUACACAAAAGAUAAUAAUAUAUCUUUGCAUCACUUGGACUCUGUUACUACCACAAUGCUAGUGAACAACGAUAGUAGUAUACCGACAUCAGAGUCAAGUUUUAAUCAAGAUACUAGUGAUUCUACACCAAUGAAUGAUUCAUCAACUUCUUCAUCUUCUACUACAGCUGCUACACAUAAUACAAAUUCACGAAAAGAUAAUGCAAAGUAUAAACGUCGUAGAACUUCAAAACUUUCUCCGCCUGUUGUAUCAUCAACUGUUCUAGAUGAUAAGUUGAAUAACGAAGUUGGCAAUGAUACUACUACUGAUGUCACGAUAACAUCGACAACAACAACAGUCACUACUGUUACCAGUAGUGAUCAUGGUGAUAAUAACACUGAAGAGGAUGAUAACAAUCAUCCAAACGUUGAUAAAAAGAAUGAUGAUGAUCAUGAUGAUAAGGAUGUUCACAUGUCAUAA